AUGCGCGGCCCCCGGAGAGGUCUUAUGCCUCCCGGCUCCGCUCUCGGAGGCUCCCCGCGGGGCCCGACCUCGGGCACCGCGGAGGCCGAAGGCGACGAGGAGCAGACGCCGGGGUUGGUCGAGGACAGGCGGCGGGCCGCGCGGAGCUCCUCCCGUCGGAGCUCUGAGGGCUCCUCCCCCUGCGCUGCGGGCCUUGCGCUGCCCCGACGGGCUGGCGCCCCCUCCAAGCCCCGCCGGCGCGCAGGAGGGAGCCGCGCGCGGCGCGCGGCGCGGCCCGAGCCAUCGGGGCAUGCGUGCGGCCACCCGCAGGAAAAACAACAAAAAACGGGGCGCGCCGAGACGGAGCGGCGCCGCCGCACAUAG